AUGGCGAGUUCUACACACAAGCUCAAACCUCUCGUGGAAAACGGCUCUCUGGAAAAAAAUGUGGUGGUUAGGAUCACGCAGUUCACGUCGAACACGGUGCAGAACCGCAAGAUCCUGAUCCUGCUCAACCUCGAUGUGCUCACCCCCCCCCUACCAGAACGCAUUGGCAGCCCGCAGAACAUUGAGACUGCGCGAGGUUCCAAUUCCGGGAGCGCACCGGCUGCCUCUGCAAAGCCCGAGCCAUCGAUCGGCGCGCAGGCCCUGUCCGGCUCGCAUGGCGCCCCAGCGUCGCGUGGUGUGACCAAGUCGAGCUCGGGUAUGCCCGUGUAUCCAAUCGAAGCACUCUCACCGUACCAGAACAAGUGGACCAUCAAGGCGCGUGUCACUCUCAAGUCAGAUGUCAGGCACUGGUCCAACGCCCGCGGCGAUGGAAAGUUGUUCAGUGUGAAUCUGCUGGACGAGAGCGGUGAGAUCCGCGCCACUGGUUUCAAUGAUGCCGUCGACCGGUUUUAUCCUAUUUUACAGGAGAAUAAAGUUUACUUUAUUAGCAAAGCCAAAGUGACCAUCGCGAAAAAGCAAUUUAGCACACUUCCCAAUGAAUAUGAAAUCACUUUAGAAAGUAACAGUGAGAUUGAGGAAUGCGCCGAGGCAGGCGAUGUGCCCGAAGUCAAGUACAACUUUGUCCCGAUCGACCAGCUCUCGACUGUGGAGCCGAACCAGACUACAGAUGUCAUCACCAUUCUCGACAACUACUCGGAUGUCUCUGAGAUUGUAUCCAAGGCCACUCAGCGUCCGAUCAAAAAGCGCGAGCUGACACUUAUUGACAGCAGUGGUAUGAGUGUGCGCAUGACCCUUUGGGGAUCGCAGGCGGAGAACUUUGUCAACUUGUUGGCAGGCGAAGAGAAGCCCGUGAUUGCGUUCAAGGGCGUCAAGGUCAGCGACUUUGGUGGACGCAGUCUCAGCAUGUUUUCUAGCUCGACAAUGGCUAUUAAUCCGGAUAUCCCUGAGUCGCAUGGGCUCCGCGGCUGGUACGACAAUGAAGGCAACUCUGCUAGCAUUCGUGGCUUCUCGUCUACCAUGGACAAUGCCACCGCUGCUACAGGUGGCUCGCUGCGCUCCAAUGAGCGGCGCACGCUCGCCGAGGUCAAGGACCAGUCGCUGGGCACAUCCUUUGAGCGCCCCGACUACUUUAACACGCGUGCCACGAUCUUGUAUGUCCGCCCGAAUAAUCUAUACUACCCGGCUUGCCCCUCUCAAGACUGCAAUAAGAAAGUGCUAGACGACGGUGACGGCUGGCGCUGCGAGAAAUGCGACCGCAGCUAUCCUGCACCAGUGCAUCGCUAUAUCUUCUCUGCCAACAUCGCAGACUACUCCGGCCAGAUUUGGAUCAGCGGAUUCAACGAAGUGGGCGAGGCAAUCAUUGGUAUGACAGCUGAUCAGCUGGAAGCGAUUCGUGUGGAAAAUGAAAACGAAUUUCGUGCGAUCCUCCAGCGCCUCAGCGGCCGCAUGAUGCACUUCAACUGUCGCGCCAAGCAAGAGACGUUUAAUGACACGAAUCGCGUGCGCUACACGGUGACCCAGGCGGUUCCCGUGGACUUCACAAAGGCUGCUCACGAACUGGUCGAGAAGAUCCAGGCCUUGCAGACUCAUUAG